AUGAUUGUAGGAUUUAUCUUUCUGUUAGCAGGGAUGCUGCAAGAUUGUGACGGGCCACGUGACCGGAAGCGGGGAAGCGCAGAUCGAGGCGGGAGCCAGCGUUCCUCUUCGACGUUGGAAUUAAGCAGUGUCUAUUUCUCGUUAGCAGGGAUCGGGCAAGACUGUGAGGACGACAGUACCAGACAUCUGGCCAAGUUCGACAGCGAACCCUCGUCGCCUUCCUUCCGGCGACGACCCAGCCGUCCGCCACCCACAGCCAGGGAACUGCUCUUCGACAGUAUUAUGGCUAAUCUAAGUGGAAUUUAUGGCCUGUUACUCAUAGUCAUGGGAGCUGUGAUACCGAUAUCGGAGGUCUUCUCUAAACCACACCCUUUUCUAUUUGAGGGUUUCUAUUUCUACCUUUUCGGUAUGAGUAUCCUGUUCCUACUCUAUGCUUAUGUCUACAUCCUGCAUACGCGAACUCUGGGCGCGACACGGGGAAGUUUCUACCUUCGACUUGGCGCUGUUGGUUUUGGAAUCGGCAGCAUGAUUAAAAGUGGUCUUCAGUUUGGAGAGUUCUUCGAACUGGAUUUCCGGUCCCCUUGCAUCAAUAUUUUGCAGAGGUUAUUACCCAUUUUGCACCUGACGUUUACAUUUGCACAACUUUAUUUUGUUUUUCUAAACUCAAAGAUGUGUAUUCAAAGCUAUAAAGCUAUUGCACGCUUCGGUCUGAUGCACAUGGUGGGCACCAACUUGAGCGUCUGGUGUCGUGAGUUAGUGAAGGAGACCAUCCGGGAGAUCAACGAACAUAUGAGCCUUAAAAAAGGGGCUACCCACACCAUGCCGGAAGCCGAGCCUUUGACAUAUGUGACAGCCGGAAGUGGGAAUGGUUCUGAAUAUUCCUUCAAUCCAGACAACGGUAAGGAAACUCACCAAGCACUCAUGCCCAUAUUUAUCAGAUAUUUGCGAUGUUUAUGA